AUGGAUCGUCUUCAAAAAGAAUCACUAAACGCACUUAAGUUAACGACAGACCAGUUGGAGUUUCUAAGAAUGGUGGCUAAUGCUGUACAGUCUGCAUCUAUGCGCCGAAAUUCAAACUUGGUACCAAUCCAAAUGAACUUGACGGAAUGUAAUAAGACAAACGGAAAGUUGAGUUUUGGAGACGCUGAGGGACUUCCCACGCUGAAGCUAUCCGUGGACAGUGUGCAGACUGCAGAUAGUGUAACGGUGGAAAUCCAACCAGUUCUGCAGCUGCAAGUAUCAAAGAGACGUUAUCAUAGAGUGAAGUUUGCUGCAACACUUGAGUUGUCAGAAGCACUGUCAAAAGCCCUACGUGAGGCGGCAGUGAGCAGAUCACUGAACUACGUCAUACCUAUGCGUUUUCCUCGACGUUUCACUAUCGAUUUAAGCGGACAAAGGCCUGCUUUUGGAAACGUUGAGAUAACAGAUGGUAGAUCUCCAGGUUUCCGACAGUCAAACUCUGCAGAUAUCGUAAUGGAUUCACAACAGCUGCAGUCAACGGACUGUGUUCAGACUGCAGAUAGUGUAACAGUGGAAAUCCAACCAGUUCUGCAGCUACAAGUAUCAAAGAGACGUUAUCAUAGAGUGAAGUUUGCUGCAACACUUGAGUUGUCAGAAGCACUGUCAAAAGCCCUACGUGAGGCAGCAGUGAGCAGAUCACUGAACUACGUCAUACCUAUGCGUUUUCCUCGACGUUUCACUAUCGAUUUAAGCGGACAAAGGCCGGCUUUUGGAAACGUUGAGAUAACAGAUGGUAGAUCUCCAGGUUUCCGACAGUCGAACUCUGCAGAUAUCGUAAUGGAUUCACAACAGCUGCAGUCCACGGACCGUGUUCAGACUGCAGAUAGUGUAACGGUGGAAAUCCAACCAGUUCUGCAGCUGCAAAUAUCAAAGAGACGUUAUCAUAGAGUGAAGUUUGCUGCAACACUUGAGUUGUCAGAAGCACUGUCAAAAGCCCUACGUGAGGCAGCAGUGAGCAGAUCACUGAACUACGUCAUACCUAUGCGUUUUCCUCGACGUUUUACUAUCGAUUUAAGCGGACAAAGGCCGGCUUUUGGAAACGUUGAGAUAACAGAUGGUAGAUCUCCAGGUUUCCGACAGUCGAACUCUGCAGAUAUCGUAAUGGAUUCACAACAGCUGCAGUCCACGGACCGUGUUCAGACUGCAGAUAGUGUAACGGUGGAAAUCCAACCAGUUAUGCAGCUGCAAAUAUCAAAGAGACGUUAUCAUAGGGCGAGGUUUGCUGCAACACUUGAGUUGUCAGAAGCACUGUCAAAAGCCCUACGUGAGGCAGCAGUGAGCAGAUCACUGAACUACGUCAUACCUAUGCGUUUUCCUCGACGUUUCACUAUCGAUUUAAGCGGACAAAGGCCUGCUUUUGGAAACGUUGAGAUAACAGAUGGUAGAGCUCCAGGUUUCCGACAGUCGAACUCUGCAGAUAUCGUAAUGGAUUCACAACAGCUGCAGUCCACGGACCGUGUUCAGACUGCAGAUAGUGUAACGGUGGAAAUCCAACCAGUUAUGCAGCUGCAAAUAUCAAAGAGACGUUAUCAUAGGGCGAAGUUUGCUGCAACACUUGAGUUGUCAGAAGCACUGUCAAAAGCCCUACGUGAGGCGGCAGUGAGCAGAUCACUGAACUACGUCAUACCUAUGCGUUUUCCUCGACGUUUCACUAUCGAUUUAAGCGGACAAAGGCCUGCUUUUGGAAACGUUGAGAUAACAGAUGGUAGAUCUCCAGGUUUCCGACAGUUGAACUCUGCAGAUAUCGUACUGGAUUCACAACAGCUGCAGUCCACGGAUCGUGUUCAGACUGCAGAUAGUGUAACGGUGGAAAUCCGACCUGCAGUCCUGCCUACACUGAUAUGUCCUCGGCAAACCGAUGACGAUAUUCUGGAAGAUGAAAAUUAUGACCGACCAGAAGCAUCAACAGCCGUUCGACGACGUAGACGGAUCCUAUCGGCUUUAGGGAGAAGACUCCUUAAAGUCGGUAGAAUCUUAUGUUGCUGGUGCAGCACAGUACCGUCUGAGGAUACGGAAUAG